GAUACCAGGAGUUGCUAUCGUCUGUGCUCCUCGUCCCCAUGCCGCCCGUGCAUCUGGUUUCCUUCCUCCCCGGAACAGUCCAGUCCUGCAGCGCCUUUCCAGAUUCAUCGCGCACCGUCCGCACGCCAUAUAAUAUAGAACGCUCGCUGUGAUAGCGGAAGCAAGGCACCCUUCUUUGCCUUGCCUACUACUAGUACCGCUCGGCCUCCGCCUCCCAUGGCUGCAACCGCCGCGGCCAAGCGCCCCUGCUGCUGGCCUCCCGCCGCCGCCGCGGCAGCAGAGCCCAACAAGCGCCACCGCACGGCGGGCGCCGCAGCGCCCAUGGACGGCGACUUCGUCACCGCUGAUGAUGCUGCUGCUGCGGUGCAGUCCCAGGGGCAGCCGCAGCCGAAGCAGCCCCUGCUCCCGGGGCUGCCAGACCAUCUGGCCCAGCUCUGCCUGUCGCCGCUCCAGCCGCGGCUCAUGCAAGCCGUCUGCCGCCCGUGGCGCCGCCUGCUGUACUCGCCGUCCUUCCCUCCGUUCCUGUCGCUCUACGCGGUUCUCGACGACGCGGACGGCGGAGUCUCGUUCUCGGCCUACGACACCGUCGCGGGCCGGUGGGACGAGCUGCCCCCGCCGCCUAUGCCGUCGCCUCCGCCCAAGCUCUGGCACCCGUCGUUCCUCUCCCGCCGGCUGCCGCUCCAGUCCGUGGCUGCCGCGGGCCGCCUCGUCCUCGUCGCGGGCUCCACGCAGUCGCUCCACCCGGCGCUGUCCCGCCCCGUCGUGUUCGACCCGGCCGCGCCCACGCCGCGGUGGCAGCUCGGCCCGCGGUUCCCUUUCGCGCCGCGCAGGUGGUGCGCGGCCGGGGCGGCGCGCGGGCGCGUGUUCAUCGCGGGAGGCGUGGGCGCCGGGUACGACGCCAACGACGCCCGCUCCGGCGCGGUGUGGGACCCCGCGGCGCCGUCCGCGCCCUGGGAGCCUCUACCGCCGUUGCGGGAUGGUCGGUUCAGCCGGGACGCCGCGGAGGCCGUCUGCUCCGGCGGGAAGGUGUGCAUGGUCAGCCUCCGCGGCAGCGGCGCCAAGGAAGGCGCCGUGUUCGACCUGCGGGCCGCCCGGUGGGAGGACAUGCCGCCCGGCAUGGUCGCCGGGUGGAAGGGCCCGGCCGCGGCGGCGUCCAGCGACAGCAGCGACGAGACGAUCUAUGUCGUGGACGAGGAGCGCGGGGCGCUCAUCGCGUACGACUGGGCCACCGACCGGUGGAGGACGGUGGCGGAGUCGGAGCGGCUCAAGGGCGCCGCUGAGAUGGCCGUGGGCGGCGGCAGGGUGUGCAUGGUGGCCGGCGGCGGCGAGAAGGUGAUCGUCGUGGACGUGACGCCGAAGGCGGGGAGGGGCUCGGCGGCGCCGCGCAUGUGGGAGGUGGCGGCGCCGGCCGGGAAGCGGGUGGUGGCCCUGCACGUGCUGCCCAGGAUGACACGCGCGGAGUAGCAGGCAGCCGCUUCCCGCCACGUCUCGAUACAUGCAUACAGGAUUCGGACACGUGCUAUCACCAGUUUCUGUGCAUAGAGCCAUUUGCAAACUUCUCCUGCUGCUCAUGAUCAUCCUGUUCCCAUUAUCUCCAACUGCUUCUCUUUUUUUUUUUUGACAUUUUGUUCUUCGCCGAGCUUGAUUCUCGCGUGUUUCUGUGAGAUACUUAGCACAAAUAACGAGGAAGCUCGAACAAGUCACAAUCAAAACGCCGAAGUUGCAAUGUUUGUCGACUUCUCGGGAGUUCUUUUGAUGGGAAACCAAAUGCGAAAGUAGAUCGAUCCCAUUGCGAGCAGCAGGGACGAUGCCAGUCGCUUGGAAUCUGCAUGUUGGCACGGUCGGUUCUUUGACUUCUUUCUCGACGGCCGGUGGGCUCGGCGGAGCUCGGCACGCGACCAGAUUUUACCCGGGAUCGUGUACAGAUGGACCGCUGCUCGGCCAUAGAUUUGAUUGCGUCUAAUCCACUCUGCGCGAACGCAACAUCAACGGCCAUGGGCCACACACCGCGACAUCACGAAGGUUCCCUGUCUUCCCCGUCCGUCCUCCCUAGUCCCUCCGUCCCCGGUCAGCCAUGACAGCCUCUGGUCAGCGAAGACCGGCCGGAGCUGCUUAUACACGUGCAUGGUUCUUCUCCUCCGUGACCUACUACACCAAGUCUACCGACUCAUGCAUGGUCUGUACUCUAGACCGGGCAGGACCGGCGAAAAGGCCCAAUGGAGUCGAUUCUUGGCGAGGCGUCGCCGUUCCAUGUAAGGCCAAAACGGCCGGCCGGCAGGGCAAUAAAGCCCGUGUGGUUGCUGUGGGCGCCAUCCACCCCACGGGCACGGCACCAGCCGUCCAGUCCAGCCGCGGCGCGCCGAUUCGCCCGCUGCCGCGCGCCAUGAUCGAUCCUCCUCGCCUUUCAUUUCAGCUCAUCAUCACCUCCCCGCUGCUAUAGAUGGCUCCGCCGUGCCAGUGCUGGGCUUGAAAGGCGACGCGGGCCAUGGAAGUCUGGUGUUAUCAAUGCGGCAGCUUUCAGCUCUGACAAGUGAGGGGAGCAAUUAAAGUGUUUUGGCUCGUUCAAUCGGGAAAGGCGGGAGGGCCGGGCGAGGACGGCGACCGGCGGCGGUCGUGGUCAUCAUCAUGUGGUGGAUGGGUUCGGAGCAUCGAUCCUUCCUCCCCUGUCGAUAUCGACGGGACUGGGCGAAAAGGUGGGUUUCAAUUUAUCAUGCGAACAAGGCGUCCGAUCGGGGGCCUAUUCGCUCAUUCCUGAUGUCACUUCUUCAUCGACAAAUCAACUGCAUGCAGCGGAAAAUACACGCUUGUUUUCACUCU